CCCAGCUCUCCUCCGCCUCCGCUGCUGCUGCUGCUGCUGCUGUUGGCUCUUGUGCAUCUUCAGGAGGACUUGUCAGCCGUCUCUUUUCGAUUGUUUUGCUCUUUUCGGGACUAACACCAUGGGGAGAUUAGAUGCAUUUCGGCAGUUUAAUUUGAUCAAAUGGCUGAGAGAGGAGAGACAGUCGAGGAAGCUGAUUCUCUUCAUUGUUUUCGUCGCUCUGCUGCUGGACAACAUGCUGUUAACUGUAGUCGUUCCCAUCAUUCCCAGCUAUCUGUAUAACCUGGAUGAGUCAGCAGACGUGGUGAAGAACAACACCUUGUUGCAGCCUCCAGGAGCCUUCCACAGCAUUGUGUCUUUAUACGACAACACUGUGAGGUCUGCGGGCUCCAAUACCACAGCCAGGUCUAAUGACCUGGUCCCUACAAGCCCCGCUGCUGCAGAGCUGUCGCAGAACUCCUCAGACUGCCCCAGAUCCACCAGCAAGCUGCUCAAUGAGAAUGUCAAAGUGGGAUUGCUGUUUGCCUCCAAGGCUACUGUACAGCUGAUUACCAACCCCUUCAUAGGCCCACUCACAAACAGAAUAGGAUACCAACUUCCCAUAUUCGCUGGCUUCUGUAUCAUGUUCAUCUCUACUAUCAUGUUCGCCUUCUCAUCAAGCUACGCUCUGCUGUUUCUGGCCAGAUCGCUUCAAGGUGUGGGCUCCUCCUGCUCCUCUGUGGCUGGGAUGGGAAUGCUUGCUAGUGUGUACACAGAUGAUGAGGAGAGAGGUCAUGCCAUUGGGAUUGCCUUGGGAGGUCUGGCAUUGGGAGUGCUAGUUGGACCCCCUUUUGGCAGUGUGAUGUAUGAGUUUGUUGGGAAGACAGCUCCUUUCCUUAUUCUGGCUUUCCUGGCAAUGUUUGAUGGAGCUCUGCAGCUCUUUGUUCUUCAGCCCACCAAGGUGGAACCAGAGAGUCAGAAGGGAACCCCGCUGUUGACACUAAUGAAGGAUCCAUACAUUUUAAUCGCAGCUGGUGCCAUUUGUUUUGGAAAUAUGGCCAUUGCCAUGAUGGAGCCAACGCUGCCAAUCUGGAUGAUGGAGACCAUGUGUGCUAGGAAAUGGCAGCUAGGUGUCGCUUUCUUACCAGCGUCCAUCUCCUACCUUAUUGGAACCAACAUCUUCGGCACAUUGGCGCACAAGAUGGGGAGAUGGCUUUGUGCUCUCAUUGGAAUUAUGGUGGUUGGAAUCAGUGUAAUAUGUGUUCCAUUUGCCACCAACAUUUAUGGUCUGAUUCUUCCAAACUUUGGUGUUGGUUUUGCUAUUGGCAUGGUGGACUCCUCUAUGAUGCCUAUAAUGGGUUACCUGGUGGACCUGCGGCAUGUGUCUGUUUAUGGCAGUGUCUAUGCCAUUGCUGAUGUGGCUUUCUGCAUGGGAUUUGCUUUAGGUCCAUCUAUUGGAGGAUCCAUAGCUGAAAGUAUUGGCUUCCCCUGGCUGAUGACCAUAAUUGGAGUAGUGGAUAUUUUCUUUGCUCCUCUUUGCCUCUUCCUCAGGAAUCCACCAGGACAAGAAGAGAAAAUUGCCAUUUUGAUGGACACCAACUGUUCAAUGAAGACGAGGUCCUACUCCACACAGGGGACGUACUGCCAGGGUGAAGACGUGGAUCCAGAAUAUGACGAUUAUGAUUAACAAGACACCAGCCAUGCAGGUUAACCUUCAGAGGAUCUAUUUUGUUGUACAAAAAAAAGGAACACAAAAAAAAACAGCAACAAAACAGCCAAGAUAUAUCCAUGUGAAUGUCCCGCGUUCAGUCUUCACUGUUCAGUGUCCUCUCAGCAGUUGUACUGGAGCAAACCAAAGUUGUUCUUGAUCUGUGGUUGCAAGCGCAUUGUGUGAGAGAUAUUUUUUUAGCCAACAGCCUUAUAAAGUAGAGAGUUGUGUCAAAAGGCAGUAGGAGGGUGCUGAGCAACAAGUACGCUUUGCUGGUUUAUUUGAAAUACAAAUCUGUCUUAAUUAAUGUGUCAGCCAUUAAAUGUCUCAUUUCUAUCUACUGUAUGUCUAUGAUACUGAGUAAUACCAGAUGUUGGUGUGCAAGUUGGUAUUAUAUUGGGUAAUAGUGUGGUAUGUUAAGAAACUGUUGUUUUGUUUAAUUAUGGAGGAUUUGUUGGCCCAAGCUAUGGUCCUGGUUUGCAUUGAUACUGUUACAGAAGGCUUUGCCAGUGUGGGAAAGUCAACACAUUUGAGCUGCCUCAGAAAAGGAUGUGGAAUGUAUUCUAAAACACAAUAUAGAUACAUAAAAUCCUCCUAAUAAAAACAGAACCUACAUGUUUUUUGGCAACUUCAGAGAGAAAGAUCGUUUAUCGUUGCUGUACUGUUUUUUAUUUAAUACAUCAUUAAUACUGUCAUUUCUCAAAAUAGUGGCCUUUAUUUACCUCAGUGGCAAGGAGAACCAGGCUGAUAACAGGCUUAUGGAAAAGACGCGCUUCAUUCCCAAAAUUCCUCUGCUCCCCAAUUAAUGCAAAUUCAAAAUGUCCUUUAACUUGCUGUCUUGAUUUAUUCAUCAUAUCAUGACAACAGGUACAUAAUUCCAUCAUUACAUACUCCUCACUCUGCUGCACAGAGUUAGUACUAAUAAUACAGAACAAAUACAGAAACACUUCCUGCAGAACUUUUACAUUAAAAGCCUCCCAGCCUUCCCUUUGUUGUUAGGCUUUUAAUGUGAACGAUCCAACGAAGGUUAAAAUGAAGGGCAACUGGACUUGGUUGAAGAUACUGGAAGACGUUUCGUCCCUCAUCCAAAGGACUUCUUCAGUUCUGACUGACUGGCAGGGAAACUCAGCUAUUUAACCUCAGUGGGGUCGUUGCCAGUCACAGUCUUUGUUAGUGACCAGCUUUUAUUUAUUCACACUGGUCACACGCACGUGUAUUACUUGGCACUAGGUAUGUGCCUCUAUAUCAUAAAAAACAAGGAUACUGCUGUUGAGAAAUUGAUAUAGAAACCCUAUGCCUUGUCCCAUGUAGCAUCAAAACGUUACCAAUCAUCUGGAAGAAACAAGUUUCACACAAUAUUUAUCCCUUUAUAAGUUAGUAUUACACCGUGAACCCAGAGUUGUUACACCUAAUACAGUUUGAAAGAAUUUAAAUACACUAAAAGCGUCCAUACAAUCUUUCUGUCUGUAAACCGUAUCACGGGGUUAUAUAAAGGUAGACUCUCCAGCUCUCCAUUUCCUCUAAAGUCAGCAGGAUGGUUUGCUGAUGAAGCAAAUUUGUGUGUCGAAGUUCACCAAAACUGAAUUUGAAGAAAUAGAUUCCCAUUGAUGUAAUUUGUCUCUGUGAAAGGAUCCAGUAAAUACAGUGAUCCCAUUAAAUUAACAGAUUUUGCUUCUAGGGUCCUAAUAGGCAGAAACUGCUGUUACACUGCUGUCUGUGGAUUCAAAAUCUUGGGCACUUUAAUCAGUGAUGAGAAAGCUGUUUACAUCAGACCAUUUUCAUUUUGACAUGUCAGAAAAAAGCACAGGUGUUAUAUUAAAUGUAAAUAACAACUGCAUUCCAUUUAGAUGAACGCAGCGAGCCAGGUGGAGCAGCAGCUUCUAUCCACUUGCUGUGGAAAACUUUAAAUCGCUCACGUGAAGCAUAACAACCAGUGUUAAGAGAUGGGCAGGUUGCGUGCAGGGUAAAGUUCAAAUAUAUGAACUGUGACUUGAGGGAUGCAAAAUCUGUGUAAUUUGUAUUGUAAGUGUAAUUUUCAGUUAUUUUACAAAACUGGACACAGCUUCCAUGAUGAUUUGUAUUACCAGCCAAAAUAGCAACAACAGUGGAAGCAGCGGUCCCCUGCAUUUGGAUUGACAGCUUCGUAGAUCUACCCACCAGCGGCUGAGUGGGGGAGGGGGACCAUGCCACUUCCUGUGUAUUUCUGCCCUGAGCCAUCAUUAUGUUAUUACUUACACCUGUGUUUCCUUUGCUAUGACAAGUCAAAAUGUCGGAUGUGUAAAGGUCUGUUCUUACUUGUGACAAGUGGUUUGUAGUGUGUUUUUGAUGGUAUUCAUUUGUCAGUAUAUACUGUAUACAGUAUACUGUAUAUAUAGGCCUACAGGCCAUUCACACUGGGUUUCACUGAUAUGCAUUGGAAUUGUUUGACAUUUUUGGAAAUACACUUAUUCACCAUGUAAGCAGUUUCCUUUACUUAAUUACCAAUACCCACCUUAACAAGGUGGUUGCAUCUUGUUCUCAGAGGUUAAACUUUUUCAAGGCCAAAGGUGUUGAUUGUGUCCUUCAGUCUAAGUAUUUCCUUUUCUACAGUGCAUGUGGGGAAGUGAAUUCUUUCCCAACAGAGAAAAUAACAGGUGAUUAGAGAGAAAAGUGUACUUUUCACCAAUCAUAAGAUAUAACCAGUGGUUAGAUGACGCUUUUGGUGUGCUUUGGCGCUGAAAUGUUGGGGGAGCUGUAAUGUUUUUUUGUUUGUUAACAAAUAUUUUCUUGUUUCUUUAUUAAAAUAUGUAAGGUUCAAAUUCUAAAGUCCUGCUAUCAUUUAUCUUUGAAUAUUCACAGUAAACCUGAGGAACACGUUUCACUUUUCAGAAAGGUGGAAAAAAGAAAUGAGAGACUGCAGUGACUUACAGAGGCUAACCCAGACGGGACUUUGGCUCUCUGAAUUACUUGUCAGUACAAACUAAUAUUGUAGCAUACAUUUCUUCUUGUUUCUUUUAAGAUGAUCAUUAUUAUAUUAUUAAGAUGCUAACUAUUCAGCUACCAAAGUGCUCCAGUUGCAUCAACUUCUUGAAGGCUAACUGCAAAAACAGUGCUUUAUCAACAUGAAUAAACAGUGUAUCAUCACUAUCCCACUGAAAGCUAAGUGUGUGGAUAGGUAGAGUUUGUGUAGCAGAUGUUACAGGAUCAAUAUGACUCAUGACAGCAAUGCCCUUUAAAACAAAAUGUGUUUAUUCUCGCUCUAUUUCUCCCUAACAAACUCUGAUGGAUUACUGGAAUGAUAUUAUUUCUGCCUCUGGUGCAGCUCUACUGUGUGGAAAAUUACACCACAAACUGAUUUGUUCUUUCUUAUUUUAAUUAACUGUUUCUCAAAGACUCCUGUAAUGUCCAUUCUGUUUAUAAUAUACUGUAAUGUUCUGAAUGUUGUGCGACAUUUAAUGUUUUUUAAAUUCCUCAUAGACUUGCUGAUGUACUGUGAAAAACUGUACUGGAUUAAAAAGUAAA